UACGAAUGAUGGGCAAUAAACUGGAGAAUGCGGUGGCAGCGGAACGCGAAAGUCAUGCGGCGUUGGAUGCGGAGGAUUUCUUCACGGAAACGAUCUCAUUGAGACGCGAGAAUGUGGAUCGUUUAUUCUUCAGAUUGCUCGAGAAGAUUAUCACGGCCGAACGAGAACGGGAACGAAUGAUCACAGGCGAGAUAGUUCUCAAUAAGGACGAACUGAUCGCGUCGGUAUACGUUUGUGCAUUGGAAUUAAUUUUGUUCACCUACGAAAGUGAACUGGAAUUUCCGUGGAGUUUGGAUGUGCUUCGAUUGGCACCGAUACAUUUCUAUAAGUCGAUCGAACUGGUGAUUAGAGCUGAACCGGAGUUAUCGAGGGAGAUGGUGAAACACUUGAAUAGGAUCGAGGAACGCGUUCUGGAAGAGUUAGCCUGGAGUGUGGAUUCACCCCUAUGGCAGACUCUCGUACGACGUGCCGAUGGCGUUCCA